AUGAUCUGGAACACCAAUCUGCGCUGGCGGCUGCCGGUCACCUGCCUGCUCCUGCAGGUGGCCCUGGUGGUCCUCUUCGGCGUGUUCGUGCGCUACGACCUCGAUGCCGACCCCCACUGGAUCGGCCGUCAGGGGGAUGAGAACACCACCAGCGACAUGGAGAACGAAUUCUACUACCGCUACCCGACUUGCACGCCCCCUGCCCCGGGCCUGCCCUGCGGCGUGCAGGGCCUCCUCCCUCAGCCGCUAGCCAAGGGGGCUGUGGCCGUGGCCUGGGCCACAGGAAGGCCUUUGGGCCUCAUCAAUGCGGACUUCUGCGUGGGCUCUGUCUGUGUGGCCUUUGGGGCGGUUCUGGGCAAAGUCAGCCCUGUCCAGCUACUCAUCAUGACCCUCUUCCAAGUGACCCUCUUCUCAGUGAAUGAGUUUAUCCUCCUCAGCCUGCUAGAGGUGAAGGAUGCAGGGGGCUCUAUGACCAUCCACACAUUUGGCGCCUACUUUGGGCUCACAGUGACCUGGAUCCUCUAUCGACCCAGCCUACAUCAGAGCAAGGAGAGGCAGAGCUCUGUGUACCACUCGGACCUCUUCGCCAUGAUUGGCACCCUCUUCCUGUGGAUGUACUGGCCCAGCUUCAACUCAGCCGUGUCCAAACACGGAGACGCCCAGCACCGAGCUGCCAUCAACACCUACUGCUCCUUGGCAGCCUGCGUGCUCACCUCGGUGGCACUGUCCAGCGCCUUGCACAAGAAGGGCAAGCUGGACAUGGUGCACAUCCAGAACGCCACGCUUGCGGGAGGGGUGGCCGUGGGCACCGCUGCCGAAAUGAUGCUCAUGCCAUACGGCUCCCUCAUCGUCGGCUUCAUCUGCGGCAUUGUCUCCACCCUGGGUUUUGUGUACCUGACGCCAUUCCUGGAGUCACGGCUGCGGAUCCAGGACACGUGUGGCAUUCACAACCUGCACGGCCUCCCGGGCAUCAUAGGCGCCAUUGUGGGUGCAGUGACAGCAUCCUGCGCCAGUGCUAAGGUGUAUGGAAUAAAAGGGCUUGCCAAUUUCUUUGGCUUUGAUGGUUUCAAGACUUCCUGGGACUCAAGCAUGCAGGGCAAGUUUCAGGCUGCUGGUCUCUUCGUGUCCCUGGCCAUAGCCCUGGUGGGCGGCAUCAUCGUGGGGGUCAUUUUGAAGUUGCCAUUCUGGGGACAACCUGCUGAUGAGAACUGCUUUGAGGACUCAGUCUACUGGGAGAUGCCUGAGGAGCCGAAGAGCACUGCCUUACAUCCUGAGGACUCCACCCUCAAGCCCGCGGAACCUUAAACUCCCAGGGCAGGUGAGAAGCAGGCUCCACAGACUGCCCCGGCCCUCCCAAAAGAGCGGUGCUGACCAAGCUGAGAACACAGGAGCAAGGCAAGCAGCACCCCACCUGCUGGCCCGGCCCAGGGCGCCCUCCACUUCUUUCUCCUUCAUCCCAGGAGGCCUGCCUGAGCAUGGAGACGGGAGAGCUAUAGACAAAGUGGGCAUCCAAGCCAGGUUCUGGCUGCAGGAGGCCUGCCUCCACGGGGUCUUGGUGAGAACAGCAGGCAGGAGUGGGGCCGGCAGCCGGGAGUGGGCGCGAGCCAUCCUAGGAGACAACUUAGCC